CAACUACUCUCUUCUCUAGUUAACAUCAUCUCUCAAAACAAACAUUUCCCCAUCUCUCUCUCUCUCUGAAAGAACAUUUGAUCAGGAUCUGAAUAUGACAAAAGUAUACCCAAACUCGGCUUCUUCACCACAGCAACCGCCAGGUUCAGCAACCAGUCUUCAUCAUCGCGGUGGUCUCGCAACCAGCUCCCUAGAUUGUCAAAUGAUCAUCGCUCGGCCGCCGCCGACGACUCGUCAUCGUCGGAGCAGGUCGUGCUGACGGUAUGGAAGAAAUCCUUGCUCUUCAACUGCAACGGCUUUACUGUAUUCGACGCCAGAGGGAACCUGGUUUUCAGGGUCGACAAUUACAUGGCCGCAUCGGGCAACACGGCGAGAUCCUCCUCAUGGAUGCCGCCGGCAAGCCCCCCUCACCAGCCGCCGCAAGAGGAUGAGCCUGACAGAGAGCUGGUUGGUGUUCGAGGGCGAAACGACGACGAAUCCCAAGUUUUGUGUGCGGAAAAAGGCGAGACGUACUCAUCCGAAAUGUUUGGCGCAAGUCACAGUGCUGGUGAACGCCUAAACCUUUGUGGCUUUGUCGACUGUCGUCGCGAAGAGGAAAACAUUGGCCAGGGUGCAACAAGCACCAAGCAGCAGAGCACGAGCAUGCGCCAGCUCCACCGAUGGUGUGCACGAGUAGAGGAGCAGGCAUUCCUGUCCGUCACCGUCGAGAAGUAG